AUUUUUAUCCCAAAAGGUUAGUGAAUGAAGUAUUUUGUAAGGAUAGAUCUAAUUUUUUUAAAUGAUCUGAUGUGGGGAAACUGGGAAUAAAUUAAGUUCCCUUUUUGCCUCUCACAUUGUUUUGUCUUUUUAAUAUAGAAGAACAUUGCUCUUAAUUUUUCUCUGUUGGUGUUUUUCCCCACUGACAAAGAGGAAAGAAGCACAGAUUUCUUUCAAAACAAAAAAAAAAAAAAAAAGGUCAUGAACGAAACGAAGAGACUCAAUUCUCUGAUGCUGUGCUCUUGAAAGGAUGAUAUUAAUAGACUGCUGGCUGCACAGCUUCCGAACCUCUUAAAAGAGCACUGUUUCGACACCACAGCUCAUCCUGAUGGGUUGUCUUAACUUCACCAGCGGAAAUGAGACUUUGCCUGGCAGGCACCCUUUCACUGUGCAGACCUCCGUGCCUUUAACGAUCCUGGUGGGUAUCCUUAUCCUGCUGACUGUGUUUGGCAAUGUCAUGGUAGUAAUUGCUGUCAUCACGAGCCGAGCCCUGAGAGCACCUCAGAACUUGUUUUUAGUCUCUCUGGCAUGUGCAGACAUCCUGGUUGCCACCUUAGUGAUGCCAUUCUCCUUAGCGAAUGAACUGAUGGGCUACUGGUACUUUGGUAAAGUGUGGUGUGAGAUCUACCUGGCUUUGGAUGUGCUCUUCUGCACCUCGUCAAUCGUUCAUCUGUGUGCCAUCAGCCUGGACAGAUACUGGUCCGUCACUCAAGCCAUUGAGUACAACCUGAGGAGGACACCGCGCAGGAUUAAAUGCAUUGUCUUGAUAGUUUGGGUGCUGGCGGCCAUCAUUUCUUUCCCUCCGCUCAUCACGAUGAAAAAGGAUGAGGGUAAAGUGGACAGCCCUGAAUGUAAAAUUAAUGAGGAGAAAUGGUACAUCAUAUUCUCCAGCAUUGCCUCUUUCUUUGCACCCUGUGUCAUCAUGAUUAUGGUGUAUAUAAGAAUAUACCAGAUUGCCAAGAAAAGAACAAGAGCCCUGCCAGGUGAGAGGCAGAAAGAAUAUGGCAGCCCAGAAGACGCAAAGUGUGGUAUUGACCCCCUGGAGAGAAAGGACACAGAAGGGAGGGAGGUGGAAGAGGGAGAAGGCAGAGAGAUGAACGGGCUAGACGUGGAAGAAGAACCCUCCUCGUCUGAUGGGACUGACACCAUCCUAUGUUCCCUGAAGAAGAAGAGGGGCAUGAGAACAACCAAAGUGGCUCAGGUGAAGCCUGGAGAGUCCUCUCCAAAGCCAGAGGCGCAGCCCUGCGUGAGAACGAAAAAGUGGAAAGGGAGGCAGUACAGAGAGAGGCGCUUCACCUUUGUCCUGGCUGUGGUCAUGGGAGUGUUUGUCCUCUGCUGGUUCCCCUUUUUCUUCACAUACACACUCACUGCUGUGUGUGACAUCUGCUAUGUCCCUGAGACGUUGUUCAAAAUGUUUUUCUGGUUUGGUUACUGCAACAGCUCACUAAAUCCUGUUAUAUACACUAUAUUCAAUAACGACUUCAGGAGGUCUUUUAAAAAGAUUCUUUGUAAAAGGGACAGAAGAGGUUUAUAAGUACGAUUUUUAUGUAUGCAUUUCAUUUUUGUUCAUCUACA